AAUGACGGAUGAGCUAGCGUAGUUGGUUGGCUGCUGAAGACACUCAGGGGGCCGUGGCGUUACUUAAAACGAGUGUCGCAAGAAACGACGGGCAAAGUUAAGAGAAGAAAGGGAGGAGAGGCAUGUGCGAGGAGUAGACAGAGAUGGGGGGCUCUCAACAGACCAAAAAGCAGUCUCCCGCAAGAACCGGUGGCAGCCGACUGACGCCACACACGCCGCGGCACGCACAUGCGCACGGCCGUUCAGGGCAGACCCGACACACACCGCGAUCCAGUCAGACACGCACGGGAGCGACACGAAAGCAGGCCGUACAUGCCUCCCAGACGCACACGCACGCUCGCCGCCGCUCAUCGUCGUCUCAAGGCAGUCUCGCUCGGGCCGGAAACGGACACGCGCACCUGCAGGUUCACGCAGACCAGGGCGGCUGUGGUCUCUUCUGCUACCUGUGUUACAGUGGCUACUGCCUCUGUCUGAUGCUUCUCUCCUUCUUUCUCCUUCUCCUCCUUUCCCCACCUACAUCUCGCACUCCUCCUCCUCCUCCUCCUUCUUCCUCUCCUCUACCGCCUUCUCCAUCUGACGAUACUAUCUUUUCGUUGUCCUUUUCCUCUCUGGCCAUUCCAUUCUGUCCCCUGAACCUCUCGUCCUUCUCUGUGUCGCCAUUCUCACCUCUUCUAUCCUCAACCAACUCCCUGACUUUCCUUCAUCCGGAUUCGGAACUUAUUCCCUUCAACUUGUCGUCUCCUCUUUCUCCAUGCCCCUCUGCGUCCCCUGAUCCUCCUCCGACCCCUUCCAAAUCCUCCUCGGAUCCUUCUCCUCGACCCCGCCCUUUUGUUCUUGUCCCACCUUCUCUCCUCGUCCUUCCUCGCCCCUCCCUCUGUCGCUCCCGCCCUUCCUCGUCUCGCUCCUUGCCCUCCCUCUUGCUCUGCCCGCACAGUUUGUCUGACCACACCCUCUCCUCGACCGAGACCUUGGACCACAUACCCUCCAUGGGGGCAACGCCUCGGCCCCGCACGUUGUUGCGUCAGCAGAGCCUCCAGCAACCCUUGAUCCAGGCUCCGGCCCCAAAUUUGGCCAGCAGGCCACCCAUCUCCCAGAGUUUGGGUCAGCUGCACACCCAACCCGGUAGCGGAGGGGGCGGUGGGGCGGGGCCUGGAGGAGGGGGCGGGGCCGGCUCAAGGAACUCCAGGGGCGGCCCGGCAGGGGGCGGAGCUUCACGCUAUAGGUCAGGAGGUGCCGGGGGGCGGGCCUCUCAUGGGAACCCUGGCAGCGUGGAUCACAUGAUGGGUCAGAUAAAGAAACGAGGCCUGGAUGUUAAAUCCUUCCUGGAAGGAAAAAUGGUGGUUCUCUCUCUCGCGAUCGGAUUGGCUGAGCAGGACGACUUUGCCAAUCUGCCAGACCUACAGGAAGUACCGCCCAGUCAAGAAACCCCCCCUGACAAGAGUAGGAAUAUGGGGAAUAAGCCGGCUAACAGUCCUAAGGGUCAGCCGCCAGAUGCCGACGGCCAUUCUUCAGUGUCUGACCUUGCCAACUCGCUCACUGGAGACAUGGUGAUGUUGUCUCCGGGGUCGGAAGACGACGACCACGAAGGUCCAGUGAGCGAGAAACUGGGCCGGAUUCAGUUCAGCUUGGGCUACAGCUUCCAAGACACGACUCUGACGGUGAAGAUACUCAAAGGUCAAGACCUGCCCGCUAAAGACUUCUCUGGGACCUCCGACCCCUUCGUCAAAAUCUACCUGCUGCCCGACAGAAAGCACAAACUCGAGACCAAAGUCAAGAGGAAAAAUCUCAACCCUCACUGGAAUGAAACCUUCCUUUUUGAAGGGUUCCCGUAUGAGAAGGUGCGGGAACGAACGUUGUAUCUCCAGGUGCUGGAUUACGAUCGGUUCAGUCGUAACGACCCGAUCGGAGAGGUCUCCAUCCCUCUGAAUAAAGUGGAGCUCGGACAGCUGAAGUCCUUCUGGAAGGAUCUUAAACCCUGCAGUGAUGGAGCCGGAAGACGUGGCGAUCUGCUGUUGUCUCUGUGUUAUAACCCCACUGCCAACACCAUCACUGUUAACAUCAUAAAAGCUCGCAACCUCAAAGCCAUGGACAUCGGGGGCACCUCAGACCCCUAUGUCAAAGUAUGGCUAAUGCACAAAGACAAGCGAGUGGAGAAGAAGAAGACAGUGACCAUCAAACGCUGCCUGAACCCCGUUUUUAACGAAUCCUUUCCUUUUGACGUGCCCGCACAUGUUCUCCGAGAGACCACCAUCAUCAUCACCGUCAUGGAUAAGGAUCGACUGAGCCGCAACGAUGUCAUUGGAAAGAUUUACUUGUCAUGGAAGAGCGGUCCUGCUGAGGUCAAACACUGGAAGGACAUGUUGAGCCGGCCACGUACAAACGUGGCGCAGUGGCACGCCCUCAAAGCCUGAUUCGCCCUCUCCAUCUCCCAUUUUUCCCUCCGACCCCAUUUGACCUUUGACCCGAAACCCCGUCCUUAUGCACAAGACUAACUUGCUGCCAGACGGCACAACACGGGUACUUUUAGCCAUCCACUCUUGUAACCUUUAACCUUUGAGCUUCUGAAUCUCUCCUCCACUUUCGUCUCGAUUUACUCUGGUAACAUGUAGUAUAAAGGCCUGCAUAUUUACCAGUUGCUAAUUACACAAACGGUUCUUUGAUAUUUUGUGCAUUAGCAUCCGUUCGGGACUCUGGGAUAGUCACGAAAUCCAACAAAGCCAUUUAAAGAUGCUCUGAGAGCGCUUGUGCCGCAACUACACGUUACCAGGAUGAUGUUUUCUUCCUGUUUUGUUUUUUUUUUUAGCCGUCAUUCCCCCGUGUUCCUCAGGCUGGAGAGGUCUGACAUCUUUCUGAUGUGUGAACGCGUCACCUCGGCCCCGUCCCUCGUCUCAUUCAACCAACCCCACGUCUAGACCCGGAGGCUCAUGGGAGCUCAUUUGGCAGCCUUUAAAUUGGCCACUGCUGAAACGGAUCAAGUCGCAGGAGCUCUGGGAAUUGUAUUUUUCCAGGUCGCAGACAUCCCGUGCGCGUCCGACGGCCCCGGAGGGCCGCUGUAAUUAAAGCCAUGAGGGGAAAUGCGACGCCCUCUUGCCAUUAACAGUCUCAUUUUUUUCUCGUCACCAUUUAUAGUUGUUUUUCUCUAAAUCCCUGACCUCUCCAAGCCUUUUCCUCAUCUUUCCCACUUGAACUGACUUUCCGUAUCUUUGUUCCUUCCAUCUCUCUUUCUAUCUAUCCUCCCUUCUCUCUUUCUUCUUCUUCUUCUUCUUCUUAAGUAAACAGCUCCAAUUGGUUCAGCUGAAAGCCGCAGACAUUGAAAUCUUACGCCAUCUGGAGACUUACAGACAGCAAAUGGACUCCACCAUCCUUGUCUCUUUUGCUUUUUUUCUCUGUGGUUUCUCUUUAUCGCUGGCACAAUAGUAGUGAAGUCCCUCUUUUUCUCGGGAUCCCUUGUUGUCCGUGUGCUGUGAGUGACGUGUCGUAGAUCCAACCGAAAUAUCGUUAAAAACAUUAACCACCGGGGCGGAGAAAAGAAAACAACUUCCUCGAAGGAUCGUUCCAGGUCUUCUGGGACUUUUGGAAGAAAAUCCAAAUGGAAGGGGAAAAAAAUACACACACAUAGAAAAAAACUUGAUGUCAUCUUUUUUUUUUUCAUGAAAAGGACAUUUGAAGAAACCAAUCAGAAUUGUUCUUCCAGAUUUUCUGUGAACUAUAGAAGCAAAGAGUUUGUUGAUUUCGCGCCGGAUAGGUCUCGCCACACUUUGCUCUAGUGACGUGUUUCUUUGUGUGUGUGCACUGAUAGGGGCUCAUCUUUUACAGAAACCCCAUCAAAAACCUGCCUUUACCCGCGUAUGUGUGCGUAUGAGACUGUGUCAGAGGUAGAUGGGGAUGAAUCUCACGGAAACAUGUCCUGGUCAUGUUUUAUCCCAAAAUCAAGAGAGAAAAAAAGAAAUAAUUUUUUGCCAAUUAGGACAAUUAUAUAUAUAUAUAUAUAUAUAUUUUUUUUUUUUAUUGUGAGAUUAUAUUCAUGAUAAUUAAACAUAUUUUACCCCCAAAUGCUCUUACCAUAAAUAACUAAUACAUUUAACUUCAUAGAUUUUUUUUGUAAUACAGCAUUUUUUAUUUUAAACGUAAAUAAGCAUAAAUUAAAAUCUGUACAGCAAAUAACUACCAUGAUGUUUAAAUAUUUUACAAUUAAAAUAAUAUUUUUAUUUGGGUUAUAUACAGUGUAUAUAUAUAUAUAUAUAUAUAAGUGCUGUCAAAUCAAUUAAUCACGAUUAAUCACAUCUUACAAGCGAUUAAUCGCAUCAACUAUAAAAGAUAAAAGUUUGUAAAUACACACACACACACAUAUUUACAAACGGUUGUUAGAUGUAAUUAAUCACAAUUAAUCGAUUUGACAUUACUUACACGCGCACACACACUCACAUUUACAAACGGUUGUUAGAUGCGAUUAAUCGCUUAUGUUAGAUGUGAUUAAUCACGAUUAAUCGAUUUGACAGCACAUAUAAUAUAUAUAUAUUUGACAACACUAAUUAAAAAUUUUGUUUUAAUUGUAAAAUAUAUAAAAUAUAAUGCUAUAUUAAUUGUAAUUUGGGUGGGGUUUUAAGCACAUUUUCCCACAAUUUUUCAUUAAUGUAAUGCAUCAAGGAUUUCUUCUGUAAUUCUUGUUUCUGUUUUUUUACCUAAAAUAAUGCAUACAUUAAAGCUGUGCAAUUAAUACUACCGCACACAAUGCAUGAAUAAUUAAACAUUUAAAUAAUGCAUCAUUAUUUUUUACAUUUUGGUACCGAGAAUUUGGGGGGCUUUAUUUACAGGCUUUAUUUUCUUUAUGCAAAAAAUAAUUUCCCAUUACUUUCUUUUGAUUUUGGGGUGAAAUACGACCCAGACGUGUUCUUGACAGGUUUUGUGAGAUUCUCCUGUGUGUGUAUUACAGCAUUAAUGUGUAUCUUCAUUGAUGUUAAAAAUAAUCAAAGUGUGUGAAUAUGCUGCUCUAUUUUCUCAUGGCUUCCUUCCGUCUUAUUAUGAGACUCUUUUUCUCCUCUGAAAAGAGUUGGAGAAAUGUGAGCUGCACUUUUUAAUGGUGUAACACUGAGAAAUAUAAUAGUAAUUGUUAAUACAAUAAUAGAUAGUUUUUGUAUUUUAAGGGAGGAGCAUUUUAAAGAGCAAACGGCACGUUCGGGGAGGCUGGACUGGGCUGGACAGACAAUCUUUCUGUUUCUCUCUCUCUCUCUGUCAAAUCAUUUGUGUUCUGUAUAUGUGAUAUGGGUGUGUGUGUUUGUCAAGAGUGUGUCAUUUAUGCAGGCCGAAUGCUUGCGGCAUGAUGAGGCAUGUGUUAGCAUGUGGUGUGGCGUUUCCGUGGAGGGUGUCGUUGCCAUGGGGUCACUAUGGGGACGGAGUGAGUGUGCAGUUCGGUAGAGACGCUCAGCGUGACAUCGAGACACAGAAGCAGAGGACGGCGGUCCAAUCUCUCUCUCCCGCUCAAGAACAACUAGUUAUUCUGGGCAGAGACCUUGAACAGGACAGACUAUUUUCCACCUAAAAGACCUGAGCUAUAAAAGUUUUUUAGUAACAUAAGUAGUGCAUAAACAAAAUAUCUGGCUGCCAAAUUUGAUGAGUAAUCUCAUGAGAUUAAUUAAAUGUUUAACAUUCGAUUCAUUUAGCACACUUCAUGCAUCUGGUUCAUUUGACAUUUUGGCCUGUGUGAUUUCUAAAGACUACUCAGAUUAGGAACUAAUCUGUUAAAUACAAAGUAUUUCAAAAAUCCGGCGGUGCGCGUACAGUAUGCGUGUACUCUUCUGAUGACGAAAUUUGCGUCACGCGCACUGUACACUGACUCUCGCGUACGCAUAAAAAGAUAAGUGUACUUUGGGCUUAAGCCACAAAAAAGAGCUUAAUUUGGUACUCGCGAGCUGUUUGAGAGGCGGCUUUGGACUUUAUACUGACA